UAACUUCACAGAUCUUCGUUGUAAAGGGUUUAAACACUCUUUUCCAUGCUUGUUCAAUGAACCAUAAACAAGUAAUGAACAUGCACAUGUGGAACAUUGUUAAGACACUAACAGCUUACAGACUGUAGGCAAUUAAGGUCACAGUUGUGAAAACUUAGGGCACUAUUAGAGGCCUUUCUAUUGACUGAAAAACACCAAAAGAAAGAUGCCCAGGCUCCUGCUCAUCUGCGUGAACGUGCCUUAGGCCUGCUGCAAGGAGGCAUGAGGACUGCAGAUGCGGCCAGGGCAAGAAAUUGCAAUGUCCGUACUGUGAGAUGCCUAAGACAGGUUACAAGGAGACAGGAUGGACAGCUGAUUGUCCUGGCAGUGGCAGACCAAGUUUAACAACACCUACACAGGAUCGGUACAUCUGAACAUCACACCUGCCGGACAGGUACAGGAUGGCAACAACAACUGCAGUUACACCAGGAACGCACAAUCCUUCCAUCAGCGCUCAGACUGUCCGCAAUAGGGUGAGAGAGGCUGGACUGAGGGAUUUGUAGGCCUGUUGUAAGGAAGGUCCUCAUCAGACAUCACUAUCAACAACUUUUAAUAUUUACAUGUGUUAAGUUUGAAAUAAAGGCAGUUGACAGUGAGAGAUUUUUUGUUGUUGUUGCCGAGUUUACACACACACACACACACACACACACACACACCAUUGCUCACACCCAAGCAUUUUUUUCAUUUGUAUGAUAAUGAUGUAAUAUUGAUUUAGCCAAUUAAAUGCAUGCGAAGACAAAUUCCUCACGUGCUCUGAAGCGGUAUUUUCCCUCUCGCGCUCUCUCAACGGCUCGCUUGUCAGACGCUUACAAAAAGGCGCGUAGUAAAGAUUAAAUAGUCGGAAGUUUACAAGUGAUCUUGAUUAAUUUACUCGGAAACUCGAUUUCAACAUGAGGGAGAUUGUUCAUCUGCAGGCCGGUCAAUGUGGAAAUCAGAUCGGUGCCAAGUUUUGGGAGGUUAUCAGUGACGAGCAUGGAAUAGACCCAACAGGCACUUAUCAUGGAGAUAGCGAUCUGCAGCUUGAGAGAAUCAACGUGUACUAUAAUGAGGCAACAGGUGGCAAGUAUGUUCCUCGUGCCAUUCUAGUUGAUCUGGAGCCUGGCACGAUGGACUCUGUCCGCUCUGGACCAUUCGGCCAAAUAUUCAGACCGGACAACUUUGUCUUUGGACAGAGUGGUGCAGGUAACAACUGGGCAAAGGGCCAUUACACUGAGGGAGCAGAGCUGGUAGACUCGGUCCUGGAUGUGGUGAGAAAGGAAGCCGAGAGCUGCGACUGUCUUCAGGGUUUCCAGCUCACCCACUCCCUUGGAGGCGGCACAGGCUCUGGUAUGGGUACCCUGUUGAUUAGCAAGAUCCGUGAGGAGUACCCUGACCGCAUCAUGAACACCUUCAGUGUGGUGCCCUCCCCCAAAGUGUCAGACACUGUGGUGGAGCCCUACAAUGCCACCCUGUCUGUGCAUCAGCUAGUGGAGAACACUGACGAGACUUAUUGCAUCGACAACGAGGCCUUGUAUGACAUCUGCUUUCGCACUCUGAAGCUGACAACUCCCACUUACGGGGACCUCAACCACCUGGUGUCAGCCACCAUGAGUGGUGUCACCACCUGCCUGCGCUUCCCCGGCCAGCUCAACGCCGACCUACGUAAGCUAGCUGUCAACAUGGUCCCAUUCCCCCGCCUGCAUUUCUUCAUGCCAGGCUUUGCUCCACUCACCAGCAGAGGCAGCCAGCAGUACAGAGCGCUGACGGUGCCUGAACUCACCCAGCAGAUGUUCGAUGCCAAGAACAUGAUGGCUGCCUGCGACCCCCGUCACGGCCGCUACCUCACUGUGGCCGCCAUUUUCCGUGGCCGCAUGUCCAUGAAGGAGGUGGACGAGCAGAUGCUGAAUGUGCAGAACAAAAACAGCAGCUACUUCGUCGAAUGGAUCCCCAACAAUGUCAAGACAGCAGUCUGCGACAUCCCGCCCCGCGGCCUUAAAAUGGCCGCUACCUUCAUCGGCAAUAGCACGGCCAUCCAGGAGCUGUUUAAGCGCAUCUCUGAGCAGUUCACAGCCAUGUUCCGCCGCAAGGCGUUCCUGCACUGGUACACCGGAGAGGGCAUGGACGAGAUGGAGUUCACCGAGGCCGAGAGCAACAUGAACGACCUGGUAUCUGAGUACCAGCAGUACCAGGAUGCCACCGCCGAGGAGGAGGGCGAGUUUGAAGAGGAGGGAGAAGAGGAUAUGGGUUAGAUGGAUAAAAGGGAUUUUUAAAAUCAAUUUCAACUGCAUUCCAUUCCUGGUUUCAGUUUAUUAUUUUAUUCUUUCACUGCACAAAGAGCUGCUGUCAGUGUUUAACCUGUUGUAUUUGCAAUAAAUCUUAUCAGCAUUUUCUGAA